CCCCAUGUCAGCCCGAAGGACUCUAGUUUAGGGUGUAGCAGUCCCACAGGGUAGCACUUGAAGCACCAUGCCCGCCAAGCCAGCUCCCAUCAAAAAAGCCCCCGCCAAGAAGGCGGAGAAGGCUCCAGAGCCCCCGGCGGAGCCCGCACCCGAAGCUCCCCCUGCAGAGGCCCCACCCGCGGAGGCGCCACCUGCUGAGGCAGCGCCGGCGGAGGCUGCUCCCGCGGAAGCCGCACCAGCGGAAGCCGCUCCUGCUCCUGCGGAGGGAGAGGUUGCACCGGCCGCGGAGGCUGCACCAGCACCUGAGGCUGCCCCUGCCGAAGCUGCGCCUGCGCCUGUCGAGGAGCCCCCCAAACCUCCCACUCCUCCUCCUCCCCCAGAGCCCACCAGUGCUCCUCUGGACCUGACUUUGGAAGACGUGAACGACACCUCGGUCACCCUGAGAUGGAAAGCACCCGAAGCCAUCGGAGACUCCGGCCUGGAUGGAUACACCGUGGAACACUGCAAGAAAGGAGGUUCUGAGUGGGUUGUGGCCAAUGCUGACCUGACCGUGGCAACCAGAAUGGUGGUUGGCAACCUGACGACCGGAGACAUCCUGGAGAUGCGUGUGGUGGCCGUGAACCCAGGAGGUCGUAGUGAACCAUGCGCCCUGGCUGAGGCUGUCACUGUCCGCGAGGUUGGAGAGCGGCCCAAGGUUCGUCUUCCACGUGCCCUCAGAGCCAGAGUGGUCAGAAAGGUCGGCGCUCAGAUCAACCUCGUCAUUCCUUUCUGUGGAAAGCCCAAACCUUUGGUGUCUUGGACCAAGGAUGGCGAGCCCCUUGACACAAAGAGAGUAGGUAUCCGCAACAGCAACAAAGAUAGUAUCUUCUUCAUCCGUACCUCAGAGAGAGAAGACUCCGGCGUCUACGAGAUUUCUGUGAAGGUCGACAGCUUUGUUGAUACCGCCAACAUCACCAUUCAGAUUGUGGACCUGCCUGGCCCUCCUGAAAGUGUGAAGCUGGUGGACACAUGGGGCUUCAAUGCUGCCCUGGAGUGGACUGUGCCAAAGGACAGUGGCAACACAGAGAUCACUGGCUACUCCAUCCAGAAGGCUGACAAGAAGACAGGGGAGUGGUUCACAGUGCUGGAGCACUAUCACCGGCUAAACGCCACCGUAUCCGACCUCAUCAUGGGCAACUCCUACAACUUCCGCGUCUUUGCCGAGAACAAAGUCGGCAUCAGCGAAUCGGCCGCCGUAACGAAAGAGGUGGCUGAGAUUCUGAAGACAGGUAUCGUCUACCAGCCUCCGGAGUACCAGGAGCACGACUUCAGCGAGGCCCCCAAGUUUACCGCCGCCCUCAACGACAGAGCCGCCACCGUUGGUUACACAACCAAACUUCUCUGCUCCGUCCGCGGAUGCCCAAAGCCCAAGAUUGAGUGGCUGAAGAACCAGAUGGUGAUCGGGGACGACCCCAAGUACAGGCAGCUCAACAACCUGGGCGUCUGCUCCCUGGAGAUCCGCAAGCCCUGCAGCUUCGAUGGCGGCGUCUACACCUGCCGGGCCAAGAACGAGCAGGGGACGGCCACUGUCUCCUGUAAACUGGAAGUCAAACAGGUCCUUAUUCCAGAGAAAUAGACCCAUCUCUUCUAGGAAGACAGAGAAUGUUCCAGAAAACGGUUGAGGAAAACAAAUAAAGUCAAGAGGAGACAUCUGUAUAUACAUUGAAGAGAAUCCGAUAUGAAGCACCAACCACCUUGAAUGUCCAUUGUGUUUGUUUGUUUGCUUGUUCAAUUGAUUGACUGUUUUGUUUUGUGUGCUUGCUUAUUUCUGCCUUUAUGUGCAGAAGCAACUCCUCAAGAACUGUUUGCAGUCUAGUCUCAGAUGACACAGGAUGAGAUGUCAACCUCCUUGUGUGUGUGCACACACAGAUUAAAAAAUUAUGUGAAUGAUUGCUGGUUAAGUUGAAUUUAGGUUUUGGGUGUUGGUUGCUGGGGUCGCUUCCCUGACCCCCUCAGCAACAUCUCAUGACAUGAGAGUAAACGUGGUGAGUGAUGGGCGGUACGUUGGAUUGAGGAUGCAUCAUCAGUAGUAUGCUAGACUAGACAAACCACCAUGCGCUGUAGGAACAUUGUCUGCUUCAAGGAGCGAUUUCUCCUGAUCUGUUUCUGUCUUUCACCCGUGUCCUUUAAUUUGUCAUUCUCAGUGUGUGUCAAAUAAAUUAAUUGACUAUUGACAAUAUUUAUAUACAUACAUUUUUUUGCUUUGCAAUUGUACAUGAGAAUGCAUGAAUGUAUUUAAAUUAAAAUGUAUCUUAUAACUGUCA